CGUUCCAUUCCAUAACAAGUUGGCAUCACUGAACAGGAUCUCGAUAGAACUACAGUACUGCAAACCCUGAAAAUGGCAGUGAACUGGCUAGGACUGGUGUCCAUGGGAGUGUUUUACCUGGCUGUACUGGGCAUGGGCGUGUGGGCGUCCAGGAAGUCCAAACGAGAGGAGAAGAAGUGCACUGGGAACCAGAGUGAGGUUGCCAUGGUUGGAGGACGGGACCUCAACAUCUGGGUCAGCAUCUUUACUAUGACAGCCACUUGGGUGGGAGGAGGCUACAUUUUGGGUAGCGCUGAAGUAAUCUACAAUCCUACGAGGGGCUUGGCCUGGGCCACUGGACCACCUGCGUUUUUCCUCAACCUGAUUAUUGGAGCGCUGUUCUUUGUCAAAAAAGUUCGGGUGAAGAAGUAUGUCACCAUCACAGAUCUCUUCCAAGAGAAAUAUGGCAACACUGUGGCUGCCAUUCUCUUCAUCCCCUUUCUCAUCUCGGAUAUCCUCUGGGCAGCAUGCGUGCUUGGCGGAUUGGGAGGAACAGUGAGCGUGGUCAUGGACAUUUCGGCUCCGCUGGCUGUGGUCAUUUCUGCUGCUGUGGCGAUUCUUUACACCUUGCUGGGAGGCUUGUACUCUGUGGCUUAUACUGAUGUCAUCCAGCUGUGCUUCAUACUCCUUGGCUUGUGGUUCUGUGUACCCUUCAUACUUUCCAGCUCCUCGUUUGCUCCCCUCAGUGUUACAGCAGUCACCAAACUCUAUCAGGAGCCAUGGAUUGGCAAACUGGAGCUGGCCGAUACAGGCCCCUGGAUAGAUGACCUGCUGGUGCUGGCUCUUGGAGGUCUCUGCUACCAGGCCUUCUACCAGAGAGUCUUUGCCGCAGCCAGUGAUGCCCAAGCUCAGAUCACCUGUUAUGUUGCAGCAGUCUUCUGCAUCAUCCUUGCCAUCCCUUCAAUACUCAUUGGAGCAGUGGCGGCCUCCACUGAUUGGAACCAGACCACCUUUGGUGUACCCAGCCCAUAUGAACAGGGCAGAGCUGGCAUGAUCUUGCCCAUUGCCCUUCAGUAUCUUUGCCCACCCUUUGUCUCUCUGGUGGGUAUUGGAGCGCUUGCUGCUGCUGUGAUGUCAUCAGUUGACUCUGCCCUCCUGUCUGCUGCUUCUCAGACUGCUCGGAACAUUUACAAGAACAUCAUCCACAAGCAGGCAUCAGAGAAAACAAUCCUGGUGGUGGUCAAGGUGUCAGUCCUCCUGGUCGGGCUGAUUGGGGCAGGCUUGGCCAUGACGAUGUCUUCCAUACUCAUAUUUUGGAUUCUCAGUGCAGAUGUCCUGUAUUCAGUGAUGUUUCCCCAGGUCGUCUGUGUCAUGUUCCUGUCUGAGCAGGUCAACCAGUACGGGGCCUGUGCCGGCCUUGUGGUGGGACUCCUGCUGCGACUGCUGGUCGGGGAGCCUUCAUUGGGCAUUCCUGAACUCCUGCCCCUGCCAGGAGAUCGGAUACAUGAAGAUGGUCACCGUGUGCACUUGUUACCCUUUCGCACUGCCAUCAUGCUCAUCAGCAUUUUAAUUAUUGUGCUUGUGUCACGACUGGCUGUCUGUAUGUCUGAGAGUAGGCUGCUGGGUCAGAACGUCCACAGACCUGUGCAGGGUGACAGACCUGGAUCAGUCCAUAAAGAUGUGGAUGAAACGGAUGAACUAAACCAGGAGCAGCUCCACUUGUCCUCUCUAGGGAGUGUGGAGGCCAGUUAAGUGAGGGAGUUGACACAGAUUACCUUAGGACCAAUGGUUUAACUUUUUCUGUCUAAACGAAAAUUCCCUAAUGUUGUACAAAUUCUUCUGUCUGUUCUUGUAAAAGGAUAAAUGAAACAAUAAUUUACUCAAUAGCCAUUAAAGGCAGCUGUUUCUGACCCACUGGCAUCCUUCCUUCCUUCCCUCCUUCCUUCUAUCCUUCUUUCAUUCAUUCAGACCUAUAUGUAAUCUGGGAUGGCCCUUGAGGGCAAGCUCUUUUUUUCAAGGCCACCGUGAAUACACAAUG